AAGGACCCCAAGGGAGCGUCUACAAGCAAGGAGAAGGGCAACGCCAGCUUUAAAGCCAGGGACUACACUGCUGCUGCCCUGGACUACUUACAGGUAGUGUGUGUGCGUGUGUCAGGGGCGUUUCUAUCGAUAUUUCUAUGGGGGGGGGGGGGGACCAAGGACCAGUAAGGUUGGUUAUGGGAAAUCAGCAAAUUGUAUCACAAAUAGCGUUGAAAAUACGAAGCAUUGUAUUGGAUAACUGUUUCAACUGUUACUUUGUAUGUCCCUAAGCCAAUCAUAUUUUAGGGGGCCGGUACCACCGCCCCUGUCUCUCUCCCCCUUCUCUCUCUCUCUUGCUCUGUCUGUCUGUCUGUCUGUCUGUCUGUCUGUCUGUCUGUCUGUCUGUCUGUCUGUCUGUCUGUCUGUCUGUCUGUCUGUCUGUCUGUCUGUCUCUCUCUCUCUCCCCCUUCCUGAACAAAUGAGGGAUUUUGGUAACAACUUUUCAGUCAGAAAUAAUAAUUAUGUUGCAGCUUCAGCAACACGGACAGCGCUAUACACACUGAUGUUUUGUGGUGGUCGCUGCUGCAAGGAGGAGAGAGAGACAGCGGGUGCUAGUCACACAGUCACUAGCAAGUCUGAGCCAGGCGACACAAUUAAGUUGGACUCCCUCUAGUCAUUUGUGUGUCUUAAUUAUUUCAAACAGUUUGCUUAAUGCAUCAGACAAGCUCAGUGCAUAUAGUUGAUCUGAUUCAAACACAUAGGAUAUGUCUAUAUAUGGAAAAAAAAUACAUGUUUUUAACAAUACAAUACACACAAAUCCAUGUUUGUAUUCUAUGACUUCAGAGCUUCUCCACUAUUUCCUCUCCUCAUGACAUCACACGGCCCUGAAGCAUGGCUACCCCAGUCACCUGCAACACAAACUACAGGACAGACACAUACAGUGCCUCAACCACCUCUCCAACCACGGAGAGGGGCUAAACACCCCCAAACAGGGAGAAGGGGACCAUGCAGAGGGUGUGUGUAGCAGUACCAGGGGCACAAAGUCCCCAAACUCCCAGCAGCAACAGAAAGGGAGUGCUCCUGUGUCGUCUCUCCCCUGGUCUGUCUGCCUCAGCCCUGGUAAAGGGUGACACCUGGUGGCCACCGAAGGAAUCACGUCCGGGGGGGGGGGUUGAUAGUGGAGGACAGGGCUUACAACUGUGUGUUCAUACCAUGGAUGGAGGGAGGGAAAGGGAGGGAUGGAGAGACUGAGAGAAGAGGAGAAGUGUUUGGGACGGAGGAGAGGCUUUGUCAUCGGUGUUUGGGGGAGAUGGUGAGCCCCGUGCCGUGUGAGGGGUGCAGUUACGCCCGGUACUGCUCAGAGGGGUGUCGGAGGGGGGUGUAGGAGGGGCAUCAUCGGUGGGAGGGUCCAAUCGGCGCCAAGCUCAGGGCUGCGGGAGUGAUGUCACAGCUGGUUCUGAGGGUGCUGUUGAAUGCGGGGCUUAAGGAGGUAUUGAAGAUGAGGACAGUGAUUGUAAACCAAUCAGAGAGAAGAUUGGCUUAGAACUGGCAUUCUUGGGACUAAUCACAGAAAAGAUCAGCCCAAAGGAGAAGGAUUAUGGGUCCAGUAAUACCACUAGAGCCUUGGACAACAUUGUCCAUCCCACUGCGUGUUACCAUGGCGACUCCUACCUGAGCGUCUACCACCUGCUGCGUCAUCUGAGUGGGCACGCCCCCAGCCUGUGCUACCUGUGCUCCAUCACCAUAGCAACGCUUUACCUGUGCCUUCGCCAGGCCAGACCUCCACCUGCGUCCUGGGAGAGGGGAAGAGCCUGUGUAAGCAGGAAGUACAACAACCAAUCGCAAGGCCAGGAGGAGGAUGAGAAAGAGAAAUGGCGUCUGGAGCUAAGCCUGCUGGGAAGUGUAGUUCUGAGACACAUGCUGAAGCUGCAGUGUAACGCCCAGGCAGUGAGCCUGCUCAGAGAUACAGGUGAGUUUUUUUUUUUUGUUGAUCCGAAUUAGUUCUUUAUCAUACUUAUCAGUGUGUUCCAAAUGGCACCCUAUUCCCUAUAUAGUGCACUACUUUGAUAGGGGCCCAUAGGGCGCUGGUCAACAGUAGUUCACAAUGUAGGGAAUAGGGUGCCAUUUGGAAGAUAGAAGACUUCCUGUGUGACCUUAUAAUGACCUUUUGACCAUUCCAUUAUUUUACAGGUGACUUUCCUGUGGUGCAGUCCAGCCAGGAAGCGUGCAUUGCCACGGCGAUAUUUCCCACGCUGAGGGUUCUGAACCACUCCUGCAGCCCCAAAACCAGCGUCACUCUCAGAACUGCUCACUUGGACUCACCUCAACCAGACCUCUACUGA